AUGCUAACGAGCUUCCGUGGCAGACCUGCACUACAAUCUUCGUCCCAACAUCUUGGUCCGGCGUCUUCGCCGUCCAAUGGUAGUACCGCGGUACGGAGUGCUCCCGUGGAAGGUGGCGGCUUUCCACUCGACCCCGAGCGUCUCGUUGCGUCGAAGGGUCUAUCUGUGCGGAGCGGCUGUAGGCCCACGGCACCAUUGAUUGGUGAGAAUGGAGUUGGCGCUGACACACCUUAUCAUCCGUUCAACGAGCAUUUUAGCCAUCACAGUGGAGUAGGUGACACGGUCAUGUCGCAGAUAGAUGGAGAUGUGGCGGAUAACUGCUAUUCCCCGUUAUAUGGUGAGAAUCAGAUAUCCUUCGAGGGGUACAUGAGUGAUCCCCGCGGCGUUGGUCUGGUGGUUGAUAUCUGUGAACCGGAGCCAAGGGAAAAGAGCGGCCACUUCCUCGUCCCAUGUAUUGGUCCAACUCACAUAGACCGGGAAACUAUCGAUUACUUGCGCCUUAAGGGUGUGUUCAACUUGCCCGCUCCUGCUGUCUGCGAGAUGAUCAUGCGGACGUAUUUCUACUAUGUGCAUCCCUUUUUCCCAGUCAUCGAUGCUCGUUCAUUCCUUGACAUGUUCGAAAAUGCACGCGACAAACUGAGCAUCCAUCUUUUGUGGAGCAUGUUUCUAGCUGCUGCUAAUUUCGCAGACGAUAUCACCCUAAAAGCAGCCAACUUCCCGUCUCGAAAAGAGAUGAAACGUGCAAUGUAUAUCCGAGCUAAGGUCGCUCUUUAUGACGCGGAAUAUGAGAGAAGGAAGAUCACUUUAAUACAGGCGGUACUCUUAAUGGGCUUCUGGUACUCGGACACUGAAGACAGAACCGGACCUUGGCACUGGAAUGGCGUUGCCAUCGGUCUCUGCCAAACGAUUGGGCUGUACCGGCAGCCAGACACCGUUCGAAAACACAGUAAAGCCAUACCGAUGAACGACAGCAGAGUCUGGCGGCAGAUCUGGUGGAGCUGCUUCUACCGUGAAGCGUGGUUCUCUGCCGGCAUGGGCAGGCCUAUGCGCAUCAACCUAUCCGACUGCAGUACCCCGAUGCCAGACGCCAAGGAUUCCGCUAACUUGCUUGCGGAGGUUCCGGAGAGUAUUCAAAGGAAGUACCUUCCUAAAGGCACUGAGGACUUGUCCAGAUUGUGGACAGAGCUAUUGGUCCUUACGGUCUCUUUAGCGAAGAUUCUCUCUUGGCAAAACCGCGCGGAGCGGACGUGGCCCAGUAGGACUGAAAUACGACACAUGGACGAUAACAUGCGACUAUAUUAUUUCCGAAAAGACGACGUCAUAACUCACAGACAAUGUCAUGUCGUCUCCUUACACGCCUACCAUCUAGAGCUGUAUCUAGAGUCUGUUAUGCUGGUCCUAUACCGGCCAUUCCUCUUUGAGAAGCCAGAAGUGAAUUCGCCUGAUGACUCUGCGAACGAAUGGAGAUCAAGUGUAGAGCGGAGGACGAAAGACUCCGCGACGAGCACCAACAGGAUCCUCGGCAAUAUGAUCGCUGCUGAUAUGAUCAAUAGCGCUCAAGCGAUGAUCUGCAUUGCUUUGGUUCCCACAUUACAAAUCCAUCUCCUUGAAUCUACGUCGGAAAAACCGUUGGUUCAGCGUAUGGGCAACCACAACCUCGAAUUUUGCAUGAUCGUUAUUGAAGAGCUCAAAACGGUAUACUUCGGCGCUGAAAUACUUUCCAGAAUGUUCACCAAGGCAAAAAGACAAAUUUACAAUCAGAGGCUGGCUCCCGCCACGGCUCCUAGAGAGAAUGCGCCCGAGUCCUCGCGUGAUUCCACUAUUAGUAUUGUUUCAGAUGUGGUAGAGGAUGAACUCCAGGACGAUGUGGAGAUAUUUGAUGCCUUUUCGGCGACGUGGAAUCCCUUCGCGCCAAUUACAGCUAGCGGAUUGUUCGACAAUGACGAGCUAUUGGGUUUCGAAUCCGACAUCACGCUCGGGCAACUAAUGUUCCCUGAGUCUGAAGCCUCUGCAGUUACACGUUAG